GGGGCGGGGCCUGCAGCGCGCGUUGUCUCCCGCCCGCUUGGGUUGGGGUCGCGCUGGCUUCGGACUCAGCUCCCCUCGGUUGAGGCCAUGGAGGAAGAUCGGAAGGACGCAGCCUACGGGACGCCUCAGAAAUACGACCCCACCUUCAAAGGGCCCAUUUACAACAGGGGAUGCACAGAUGUCAUUUGCUGUGUGCUGCUCUUCCUGGCCAUCAUAGGCUACGUGGCUGUGGGCAUCAUAGCCUGGACCCACGGAGACCCUCGGAAGGUGAUCUACCCCACGGAUAGCCAGGGCGAGUUCUGUGGGCAAAAGGGGACAAAAAAUGCGGACAAACCGUUCUUGUUUUACUUCAACAUCGUGAAGUGUGCCAACCCCCUGGUCCUGCUGGAAUUUCACUGUCCCACCCCGCAGAUCUGUGUGAAGCAGUGUCCAGACCGCUAUCUCACCCUUCAGAACGCGCGCAACUCUCCCUACUUUGACUAUUACAAGCAGUUCUGUGUGCCCAGUUUUCAGAACAAUAAAGGGUUGAUUGAGGUGCUCCGAGAUGGGGAGUGCCCGGCGGUUAUCAUCCCCAGCAAACCUUUGGCCCAGCGAUGCUUCCCAGCCAUCCAUGCCAGCAAGGGGGUCCUCAUGGUGGGCAACAAGACGACCUAUGAGGACGGACACGGCACCACGAAGAACAUCACAGAUCUAGUGGAGGGGGCCAAAAAGGCCAACAAGGUUCUAGAGGCCCGGCAGCUCGCCAUGCAGAUAUUUGAAGAUUACACUGUAUCCUGGUACUGGAUUGUCAUAGGUCUGGUCAUUGCCAUGGUCCUGAGUCUCCUGUUCAUCGUCCUGCUGCGGUUCCUGGCCGGCAUCAUGGUCUGGGUGAUGAUUGUCAUGGUGAUCUUGGUGCUGGGCUACGGCAUAUUCCACUGCUACAUGGAGUACUCCAGACUACGUGGGGAGGCAGGCUCCGAUGUCUCCCUGGUGGACCUUGGCUUCCAGAUGGACCUCCGCGUGUACCUGCACUUGAGGCAGACCUGGAUGGCUUUCAUGAUCAUUCUAAGCAUCCUGGAAGUGAUCAUCAUCCUGUUACUCAUCUUUCUGCGCAAAAGGAUAUUGAUCGCCAUAGCCCUCAUCAAAGAAGCCAGCAGAGCUGUGGGACAUGUCAUGUGCUCCAUGCUCUACCCACUGGUGACCUUCUUUCUCUUGUGUCUCUGCAUUGCCUACUGGGCCAGCACUUCUGUCUUCCUGUCUACCUCUAAUGUAGCCGUGUACAAGAUUGUUGAUGACACACCCUGCCCACUUUUGAGGAAAACCUGCAACCCAGAGACCUUCCCCACAGCCAAUGAGAGCCUCCAGUGUCCCAAAGCCCGCUGCCAGUUUGCCUUCUAUGGUGGCGAGUCGACCUACCACCGUGCCCUGCUGGGCCUGCAGAUCUUCAAUGCAUUCAUGUUCUUCUGGCUAGCCAACUUCGUGCUGGCCCUAGGCCAGGUGACACUGGCCGGAGCCUUUGCCUCCUAUUACUGGGCUAUGCGAAAGCCUGACGAUAUGCCUGCCUUUCCCCUCUUCUCUGCCUUCGGCCGAGCACUCAGGUACCACACGGGCUCCUUGGCCUUUGGCUCCCUUAUUUUAGCCAUCGUGCAGAUUAUCCGAGUGAUGCUGGAGUACCUGGACCAGCGCCUGAAAGCUGCACAGAACAAGUUUGCCAAGUUCCUCAUGGUCUGUCUCAAGUGCUGCUUCUGGUGCCUAGAGAAGUUUAUCAAAUUCCUGAAUCGGAAUGCCUACAUCAUGAUUGCUAUCUAUGGCACCAACUUCUGCACCUCAGCCAGGAACGCCUUCUUCCUGCUUAUGAGAAAUAUCAUCAGGGUGGCCGUCCUGGACAAAGUUACAGACUUCCUCUUCCUGUUGGGCAAACUUCUGAUUGUGGGUAGUGUGGGGAUCCUGGCCUUCUUCUUCUUCACCCAUCGGAUCAGAAUCGUGCAAGAUACGGCCCCGCCUCUCAAUUAUUAUUGGGUUCCCAUACUGACAGUGAUCAUUGGCUCCUACUUGAUCGCGCACGGCUUCUUCAGCGUCUACGGCAUGUGCGUGGACACGCUGUUCCUCUGUUUCUUGGAGGAUCUGGAGAGAAACGACGGUUCAGCCGAGAGGCCUUACUUCAUGUCUUCCACUCUCAAGAAACUCUUGAACAAAACCAACAAGAAAGCAGCAGAGUCAUAAGGACGCCUGCCUCCCAGCCCUGUCAGGACGCUGUGAUGCUGUGAUCCGGUGCUCGCUGUGCAGCUGGGCCAGAGUCCCCAGCUCAGCAGACUUGCCUAACGUCACAUCACUGCCUCUCCGCACCCCUCCCUGAGUUCCCGUCUCCAGGGACCUAGGGGAUUUGGAGCAUCUCUUUCCUAUGCCAAAGGGCACUUGGGAGUUUUCAGUGCAGCCCUGAAGAUGGGACAGAAUGGUUCUCUCCAUUCCUUAGUGGCUCAGACGGUGCCAAUAUGGCGAAGUCGCUUGAAGCUGAGGAGGGGAGGUGGCCCAAGGAGGCUGCAGCAAGCUUCUUUGUAUUUCGGCAACCCUUGCGGCCAAGAGGGAGCCUGGAUGAGAGUGGGCAAGUCUGCUCAGUGAGCACCAGCUCGGAGCUCCCCAGCCUGGACGGACGCGCCUAAGGGCCAACGAAUACACGUCUCACUCUUAGUCCUUUGUAGCCUCGCCAGACAUUACGGGGUCUACCUGCUUCUCUUCCACCGGAGUCCAGAGCUGGGUGGGGCCACCAAGAGUGCCUUCAUAUGUAACCCCGCCUCCAGCCUGCGGUGGCUGGGGUCACAGGAGGAAGGAGUGAGGACCCAGAACUGGAGGAGUCUUCUGGAUAAACAGCAUCCGGGAGGGGGGCCCUGUGCGAGGAAAGACUGCGUGGUGGUGGUGGUUGUGGAAAACAAGCCUCUGUACUUAGAGCCCACAGAGUCGCUUUGACUGAUGGCUUCCUAAUGGAAAACUUGAGGUUGGAAAGUGAAUGAAAAUAGGGCCUGCGCCCCCCCCCCCCCCAGCCCUUUCUCUGCCAGUAAUGCACACUGCUCUCUUUGUAAGAGGAAAGAAACUUAAGUUUGCCCAAGGGAUGGUUUCAGGGGGUGAGGUGUGGGUGUGGUCUGUAGUCCAAGUUAACUAGGCCUAUCUGGUUUCUUUCACUUGAAAGUCAAGAAUCUGUUUGCCAAACUUCUUGCUCUUGGGAGCCAGUAAACAGGUUCUUCACUUUACCUAACAUAUGGAAGACCCUCCUCUCACCCCUUCUUUGGCUACCUGUAAGAGCAGGAUCUUGGAAACAAGGCUCCCAGCCUGGGGUCCCCAGGUUUCCUGUGCCCACCUUGUGUGCCAUCUCACGACCCUUCUCUUGUCUGCCCAGCCCCGCGCUUACAUAAUUGCAUUCCAGCCGGUUAAUAAAGUGCCUCUUCUACAGA